UUUGUGAAGCUUCUGACAGGUUUUAUAGGGGGUGGAAAAGAAGCAAAAUUCCCGUUCGGAAGACGAGAGAAAUUUCGGAAGAUAAGAAAAUUAUUUGGAUUCGUGUUCCAAUGAUAUUCAUUUAUUUCGCAUGACGUCUUUUUCGUCGUGAUUCUGCCAUCCCAGUUUGACGUUCCUGUUAAUCGUGAUUCGGAUUAUCUCUUUGUCUUCAGCUGCUGUAUAUAGUUAAUCAUGAAGAAAUUAUUCUCUAAAAUUGAGACAAAGAUUGACCCUUCUCAGAAGGAGUCUAAAGGUGGUCAGAGCCUUGUUGGAAAAGUGUUUCAAGUGGGGAAACAGUACUCUGUCACAGUUGAAGACAUUAUUGCCGAAGGUGGUUUUGCAAUUGUUUUCCUAGUUAAGGCAUCUAAUGGCAGUCGCUAUGCUUUAAAACGUAUGCAUGUCAACAAUGAUCAUGACUUGGCUGCCUGUCGAAGAGAAAUUCAGAUUGUUUCUACACUCAAUGGGCACAAGAAUAUUAUUGGAUACAUAGACUCCAGCAUCACACAGUCAAGCAAUGGUGUAUAUGAGGUGCUUCUCCUUAUGCCCUUUUACAAGAUGCAUGUCCUCCAGUUGAUGAAUGAAAGACUGCAGACAGGCUUCUCAGAGCCAGAAGUUAUGGCUAUCUUUUGUGACAUGUGUGAAGCUGUUUCUCGGCUUCAUCACUGCCAGACACCCAUCAUACAUCGUGAUCUAAAAGUGGAAAACAUUUUAUUCAAUGACGCUGGCCAUUACGUCCUUUGUGACUUUGGUUCAGCUACGGCCAAGGUGCUUAACCCAUCCACAAUGGGUGUGGCUGUUGUUGAGGAAGAGAUUAAAAAAUACACUACAUUGUCCUAUAGGUCUCCCGAAAUGGUCGAUUUAUACAUGGGGAAAUCCAUCACAACCAAGGCAGAUAUUUGGGCCCUUGGUUGUCUCCUGUACAAGCUCUGCUUUUUCACGCUUCCUUUUGGUGAAUCGACACUAGCCAUCCAGAACGGGCAGUUUAAUCUGCCUGAAGGUCACCGGUAUUCUAAGCAAUUAGUUUCACUUGUACGCUACAUGCUCGAUCCAGAUUCGGAUCGCAGGCCAGACAUCUACCAAGUCUCGUAUGCCGCUUUCAAACUUGCUGGUAGAGGUGAAACUCCCAUCGUAAACCUCCUCCAUAGCGUGCCUCUCGAACUAGAUCAACUUCCGUCUCUUGAUACACGACCUGCUCAAGUUAAGCCGAUUACUACACCAAGCAUGCCAAGUACUAGGGUUUUAAGCAGCCAGCCACCUGUUGUUGAAGGUGGGACGACCGUCACUCCUCGGCAACGACCCAAGGCUUCAUCCAUUACCAGUACUCUAGGUCAAAUCCCACUACCUACCAAUAGUCUGAAUCCCGCUCGGCGCGUCUUGCCAACUACUACCGCUGAGCCUACACCGCUUCAACCAGCUGCUCCAGCUAAUCCGAUAUCAGUGCAAGAGCUCUUUCCAUCUUUCCCUCAAGAUCCAUUUGUCGAAACUUCCCAACCUAGCCCGGUAACCGGAUCCGGUCAAGGUUAUUUCAACUAUGGUUAUGGCUAUCCGGCAGCAGCUGCAAACGCAGCAGCAGUGCCUAGUUGUCCUCCAACUUCUACGGCAACUGUUUCGCCACAACCGGCCAGCCUUCCCCCUUCCGCCUUGACGCCGGUUGAAUUUCGAGAGACGAGCCAGACGCAAUCGGCUGAUCCACUUUGCUCGGUUGAUUCGCGACAAGAGGCUGAUAUUACUCAGCGCUCGUCUAUCAGCAGUAGCGCCCCUCGGUUGAAUCCGUCGGCUGGUAGGACCGCAUCGCUAGACCCUCCAUCGUCGUCGGUGACACCACCAACUUCACCCACUUCACACCAUAGGCAUCGUAGGAACAUGAGCGACACUUCGGCUUUCACGAAAAGCUACGCCGACGAGACGAACCAAUUUCUAAAAUCAUUUGUGCCUCCCUCCCAAGUGACGGGCGAACCAUUCGGACAGCCAGACACGAUGGCGGCAGCUGUAGAUGGAGCGGCCUUGGUAGGUCACGUUGCCGUCUGGAAUCCCUUUGACGACCCAUCGCCCUUUUGUCAGCUGAACGAAGAUCACCUGUUCGGUGCCGAGUUUGAUAAAAUCCGUCGUGGUUCCCAAAGCAGUAUAGUCAAUGUAAAAAGCAGAGAGAGUUUAGUGAUGAACGCUGCAGAGGCUGGCACUGCUGCCGAAGAUCCGUUUGGAGCUGCUCCAUUCCGCCUUCCGCCAGGUCGGAAAAAGUUACCGGUGGCGGCACUCGAUGGAGUUUCCAAGAUUAGCACAGCUGGCAACGGGCCUGCUCCUGCACAGGUGGAGGUGGAGUCCUCACCGGCCGGGACAUCGGCGGCGGUACCAAUAACACCGCCGCCACCACCUCCUCCGUUUGCACGAGCGCCAGCAGAAGAUCGUUCCAAGUACGAGAAGCUCUUUUGUUACGGGUACUCUGACGCCGAAGAUGAACUCGACAAUCGAGAAGGUGACGCAGCAACUGGAGGAUUGCGAUUGGAUGGUCGUAAUUCCAACGUCAGAGAAACCGAAGAAGGCUCCAGCAAUACCAUAGCCGGACGACAAAACAAAAACUCUGCCCGACUUAAACUCACCGAUGAAGACUCGAUCGGCUCUGCUACUGACUUAAAGAACUGCUGUUCAGAUGAGGAAACGGACGAACAACCCAAGAGAAAAUCUCGACAAAAUCUUGAUGAAGAAUCCGAGACCAUCAGCUCAUCCGUCUAUCAUGGAGAAAGUGACAGCAUCCGCAUGGAGCCAAUCGAACCUAAAACUUCAAACAGCAGAAGAAAAAAUGUUGCCCAAAUAUCUUCUAACGUAGAGGAUGCUUUGGUUGGUCACGCAUUCGGUGAACGACCCUUGUUGGCUGACGAUGAACUGGAUGAUGAUAGCCUUCAUUCCGGAAUGCCAAGAGCGCCAGUUACCACGAGUCGACUUCCCACGGUUCCUCUACCUUUCAGAAUACGCAAUGCGGAGAAGCGAGAGUUUGUCGCUUCGGAAGAAGAUGUCUUUGCCAAAGCACCUUUCAAGCUCCCACCCAAGAAAACCAGUAAUAGCGGCGAGAUUUGUCUUCAUACCGCUACAGCUCUAAAAGAGAAACGUCGUCUUCAUCGUUACGAGAAUGUUCCACCACUCACUGACAAACGGCCUCACAUCGUCACGGACCAAGAUAAUCCUUUGCCUCUUCUGCCGUUGAAGAGUCAAGAUCUUUUUGGCCUCGUCCCUUUUACAACCAUAACGUCACCAUCUAUUAGUGGUAGAAAACUUGGAGCGGAAGUGAUCCGGCAUACUCAUGUGGCAGCAGGGGGGAUAGCACGCCCCGGUUUGGACUACCAUGAUGAUCUCUGCGAUCCGGUCAUCGACGUUGUUGGUGAAGAAGCUGGCGUCAGUAACCUAAGCUUUGAAGAUAUUGGGCCUGAAGAAAGCAGCUGGAAUGUUAACUAAAGCACGCAGAGCUAUGGGUUGAUCAUUCCUUUCACAGUGUGUAUCAGUUUGAAUUCUCUCUCCCACCCCUCAUUGUGUUUCUUUCUUGAACCUUUCAUUUAUUAUAUAUAUAUCGAUUCAUCAUUUCAAUAUUUGAUACGCCUUCAUGACUCUGUACGUUUGUUUAAAAUGACUAGUUCAUUAAUCAUUAUGAAUCUAAGUCAUUUAGCUUUGCUAUUAGUAAUUACGACAUAAGUUAAAUUAAAUAAAAUCCAGGAUUAUAUAAGUACGUGUACACUAGUUGUACGGCCUUUUGCCACAAAUUGUCGUAACAGGUUCUUUACACAACAGGUAAAAUGUAUUGAAAUUUGCACUGUCACUACUUGUUUUGGAAAUGGUGUUACCUGAAAAGACACGUGUGUGAUGCGCAUGAAUGUGAUCAAUCGGAAUAUAGUAUUCAUUAUCCACGCGA